GGAGGCGGGAGGCGGGCCCAGCGCGGGGCCGGGCCCGGCGCGGCGGGCGCUGCGCAGAGCCCGGCUCCCCUCGGCGGCGGCGGGCGGAAGGCCGGCGGGCGGCAGCGCCAUGCCCGGCCCGGCGGCGCCGGGGCCCGGGCCCGACGCCGAGGAGAGCUACGAUUUCCUCUUCAAGCUGGUGCUCAUCGGGGACGCCAGCGUGGGCAAGACCUGCCUAGUGCAGCGCUUCAAGACCGGGGCCUUCGCGGAGCGCCAGGGCAACACCAUCGGCGUGGACUUCACCAUGAAGAGCCUGGAGAUCCAGGGCAAGCGGGUGAAGCUGCAGAUCUGGGACACGGCUGGCCAGGAGAGAUUCCGAACUAUUACACAGAGUUACUACCGAAGCGCCAAUGGAGCAAUCCUAGCCUAUGAUAUCAGCAAGAGAGGCUCUUUCCAGUCCAUUCCUCGCUGGAUCGAGGAUGUGAGAAAGUAUGCUGGUUCCAACAUUGUACAAUUACUGAUUGGAAACAAGUCUGACCUAAGUGACCUUCGAGAGGUUCAGCUGGAAGAAGCUCAGAGUCUGGCUGAACAUUAUGAUAUCAUCUGUGCCAUAGAGACCUCUGCAAAAGACUCCAGCAAUGUGGAAGAGGCUUUUGUGAAGAUGGCCACAGAGCUCAUGAUGAGGCACGGAGGCCCAAUGUUCAGUGAGAAGAGUACUGACAGCAUCAAGCUUGACAGCAAAGACGUCGUAGAAGGCUGGGGGUGUGGCUGCUGAUAUGAGCUAGGUGAUAUCCCUAACUUUACUGGAAUUUAGAUGGUGCUUCACCCUAAUGCUGAGUAGCACAGUAGCCAUAUUCUCCUCCUGUGAAACCAGCAAUUUUGUAGAAGUUAGACACAAUCCUGUUUGCUUUGGUGUCUUAUUUUUAAAAGGGGACUCUUAAGAUGUAGUCCUAAAAGUCAAGCCCUCUGAAAAACUUACUCUGCAUUUGUCCCCACAAUUUUAUUUUCUGUAUCCUGCAUGUAAGUUACAAAAGUGGAGGCAACAACUUGGAACUGUUGAUGUAGAGUGGGGAGAUAGAUGGCUGGAGGCUAACACACACACACAAAGUUCUGAAACAUUCAGUAUGUGAUUGUUGGCAAAGGAGGUCACUUUUAGAAUAGGCAACCUUGAAAUGUCUCUUUAAAUCCUCAGCACUCCACCAAUGACCAAAAAGCCUAGAAGUGAGAGACGGUGUCUUUGAUAAAAGUAUUUCAAGUGUCAAAAUACCCAACAUUUUGAUUAAAGGACCAAAUAACAGUCAUCUGUCCGAGGCCAUAUGGAUUGCUAGGUAAUAUUGGUACAGGCCCUGGUGGGGCAGCCUUCUCUCAGGUUUUUUUUUUUUCUAAGUUAUCAUUUUAACAAAUAGCAAAAUCAGCCUGAGCAAUAUCACAUGACUUGUUGACAAGCAUGACUGGAUUAGUUUAAUUAUUUUAAAUACACCCUUGAGAAAGGAAUGGGUUGAUAUAUUUCAUUUCUUAUUGUUUGCACAAUGCUAGCUCCCUUUUCCAAGUGGGUGUCUUUGAGUUCUUGCCCUCAAUUCUAUUAAUUUCAUUCCAUAACUCAAGACCUGCACCACGGGAAACAGGAACUGGAAAACCUUGAACUGACUGGUAGCCGUGACCUACUGGCAUGUGUCUAGUGGUCAUAUACAGGGUUAUAUACAGGGUUAAUUCUGGUCAUACAUUUGACAUUAUGUUACUAGAGUGGUUAUUGCUUAAAUGGCAUAACUAGGGCUUGGGUUUUUUUAAACAUCUCCUUAAAUACAAUCUGGGCAUAUAGUGGGAAAGAAAACUUCAGAAUAGCUGAAAACUGCAUGCAUUGCAACUUCUUGUUUGUAAGAAAUCAACCUCUUUUUGAGUCAUAACCUCCCACCUUAUACUCAUCUGCUUCCCUCUCCCUGUCACAAGUCACUAACUGCUUUUCAUUUCUUGAAAAUACUCAUCAGGAAAAAUCUUUCACUGUCGAUGAAAAGUUUAUAUUGUUAAGUAAAAUACAUUUCUUAAUCCAACUACAUGUAGUUGUCUUUCAGACACAGCUCUGUGUUGUGUUAGUAUAUGUUGUAUAUGCAGCUAAAGUACUGAUGGCAGCAGUCCUCUCUGGAUUUACACUCUCAAGCACCUUACAAACUUGGAUUUGCAAAGGGAGCAGCAGCAGGAUUAUUUUUAAAUCUGCAGUUAAAGCAAAGGUGUUCAGAAGCAACAAGUGAUUUUUGCGAUCCUGAUGCUUUAAAGACGUUCAUUUUCAGAAGGCACCCACUUAAAACAAAAUCACUUGUCCCUUUUGAAAAUCUUGAUCAAAAAGAACCUGGUGGAUUGAGUUGUUAUUAGGGCUACACCAGUUUUUGGCCAUUUGGCAUAUCCAGUGUCAUGAAAAUCAGGAAGAUUAAGAAAGGGCUAAUGGAUCCUAAUUUCAGUACUGUUCAUCUUCCUACAGAAAAUAUUAACCAUUCUUUCAUCUUUCUGUUUUUUUUAAACUAUGAUGUAGAUUAUUGAAGAAUUACUUAUGCUUUGUAGUCUGUCUGCUUCCAAUCUAAAAGGAUAGUUUUCAAGUUUCAUAGUUGUAAGAGUGAAGGGGCCUUAAAUUUUUUAAUUAGUGUAGUUUUCACAUUUCUAAUGUUUUAUAUGGAAGGGCAGGUUGAGGUGCAGUACUCAGUAGUAUUUUUAGAUGGUUUUCCAGGACAUUCCCAGCUCUCCUACAUCCAAAGAUAACAGACACUAAGCGCCCAGCAGUAGCUAAACACUGAAGAUGAAAGUUACCCAACUCCAGAUUCAUUAUUGAUUAGCAGACCCUGUCUUCCAAAAUGAAGACAGUCCAAGCUAUAAUUCAGUCCUGAUUACUGUUUUUCCUCCUAGUUAGAUAGUCCUUAAGCUGCAAAAUGCUAUCAGGCAUUGCCCUACUCUCAUGACGUAUUAUAGCUUAUUUAUGUAGGUAACAGUCCUGCAAUUCUGCAUGCUUGGACAUGGACUCUCAGAUAAGCUCAGCUUCCCCAAUAUUUGCAGGAUCAGUGCCAAAUGAUGUAUUUAAGCCAUGCUGAUUAUAAAGUAUUGGUACUACUCAGAUCAAAAUCAGUAGCUUACAUAGUAGUUCAUCUUAAAACUGGAAGAAGAUGCAAAAUGAAUGUAGAUCCCGCUUUCAGUGCAGUCAGUGCAUGAUUCUGUUUUUACUGUAGAUGGAGAAAUGACAUAUUGAUCCAUUUCCUUAAUUUUGAGUUUUGUUUAGUAAAUAAGUAGAAUUAGACCAAGCACUACACUUGUCCUUAGGAUUUGCCCUGCUGUAUCUCUUAAAUGACAGUGUUGAAGGUUGAGACUCUGCCUACAGGUUAGUCUGUUUCAGUCAGAAAACAUGAAAUACAGUGCCCAUUAUUUGUUCAUUGUUUUCAAAUGAAAGCAAGAAUUUAGAAUAGUUUUCGUUUUGCAGUGGAAAACUAAGGCUAUGGCUUUAUGUCAGCUGCAUCUUCUAGUUCUCAACUCUUCUAUGUUGACUGUAACACAAGUUUGCAUGUCCUACCUAACUGAACAAAAGCAAACAAAGAAAUAAAUGGAAGACCUGUUUUAUUUGUUCAGGUUAAUAGCACAUGUGAAUGACAGUGCUUGGGCUGUAAGUAGUAAGAGGCUAUUUCAACUACCAAAUGGUUUCUUGGUCUAUUAAUAAUAGUAUAGCCAUCACUAGAUUGUUAGCUUCUUGACCAGAAAUGUAUUAAGCAGUAAACAUAAUUUGUAGCUUUUCACUCCCUUUUUGAAGACCUUUAUUAGAUCUAGCAGCCCACUCCUCUUGGUUUAUUUACAAUAAUCCUGUUGAAACCAAAAGGAUACCUGGAUGAGUAGCAAUAUGCCUGAGAUUUACAAGUAAAAUAUUCUAUUUCAAAUCUUAGGUUAGGAAUGUGCAUUGAUGUACAUCAAGUGAAUAAUGCAGUAGCACGUGAUCAGAAUUUGUGGCAUAAACAUUUGCUAAGAAUCCUGUUUACUGGCAGUUGAACAUUAACAGACUAUGUUGCAGGAAUUGCUUUUAACCAGAUCUCCUUGGCUGACCAUUUAUUUGCAUUAGUAUUUACCAUUUGUUUUUGGCAGUACCCAAAGUGCACCCAUGUGCAACAUGUUACAAAAACACAGAAGGGGACGUUGAUCCCUGCCUUAUAACAGUUAAGUGUGGAAUGCAGGGGUAAAUACUGAAAUGAAAUCAUCAGCAGAAUGUGAUUCCCAGUAGCAUGGGCAUUGUUAUUCUUUGUAUUAGUUUUGGUUUAACCUAAUUUUAUCUCCAGUUACUCAUUCAGUCCUUUAUCAUGGAAGGAAUUUGCACAAAUAUUUAUAAAUAUGUACAUGUAAUUUCAAAUAAAUGUCAGCCCAGAAACCUGCUAACAUUUGCUUUGUAAAACAAAUUAAAAAAAUGAAAACACAUAAAAAUAGAGGGAAAAUGUUAACCAUUUUAUCACUCUCACUGUACUGGAAAGCAGGUCACUUUUUCUGCUAACACUGCAUAGAGUACUGUGAACUUCAUGAAAAGCUGAGCUCUUGCUUAAUUUUUUCUUUGCCUUUAGAGAUCAGAUUUAUUCAAAGAAUAGAGCUGUCAGGUAGAGACAUAUAUGUGAUACUGCUGUAGUGUAUUAUAUUACAUAUACACUCAAGCAGCAGUGUCCUUAAAAAACAUUAAAGCCUUUCCUUGAUUCUCCUUUGCUAUGUAUUCUCCCACUGAGAUUCACACCUCCAUUAUUUAAUCUUAUACUCCUAGCCUGAGUCCAGAUGACUAUUUGAUUGUCUUUUGCCAUCUUAUGUCAAUUCCCAUGGAAUUGCAGGUUAACAACAUUAUUACUUUCCCUUCAUAAGACUGUUUUAUGUUAUAAAACUAUAGUAAUAUGCAUGCAAUACUAUAAUGUGAGUUUCUUUAAAUACAGGAUGCAUGUAUAUGUUAUUUCACUAACAGAAAUUUUUUGUCUUUACUUACCCUGCUUCCUCAAACAUGCAUGUAUUAGAAGACCACUGAAGUUUACCUUGUUGCAUUAUUUUGUGUAAACAGUAUGCUGGAGGAAAAUCAAGCGAGAAGAAUACAUGCUUUGUAAAACUGAAAGAUAAAGUGACUCUCCUUUUGUUAUCUUCUGACCUUGGAGAGUGCUCAAUUUAACCUGUCAGUCAUCCUCUGUGGAGGCUUCAGGGAAACAAGGCUCCAGGUAGAGUGAACAAGCAUUAAAUAGAUAGGGAAAAUUCAAGGAAAUCAGAGCAAGUAUGUGCUCUUUUAUGAAGAGGUAGUUCUUGCUUAACCCCAUUAGCAUCUGAUCAUUUUGUAGAUUGUACUCCCACCCUUGAGGUAGAGGAAGUGAGGCAAAUAUAAGACAAAGAGCAACAGAUCCAAGUACGUAUGUGUAGUUCUUAGUGGAAUUGAAAGGAAAUGAAUCCCAGAAUUUAGGCUGAUCACCCUAACCACUUAGUUAUCCUUUCCCAAAUUACAUUAGAUUGCUUCAUCAGCUAAAAGGCAUUCUAGAUUUAUAAAUUUGGCAAUGAAAGAUGCCCAUAUUGUUAACCCAUAUAGAGUAUUAAUUAGAUUUUGUUACAGUUGUGUGAAGUAUGGUAACCUUGAGAGUCAAGAACAGUCUUCAUAAUUGGGCUGUUCUCAGAUUUGACAAUUCUUUGCUAUUCCAUAAAAAGUGAGAUUCAUAGGUAGGGGGAAUAUUGUCUCAGUUUUGAUUUUGUGCUAUUUAUUUUGGGUGCUGAUCAUCCUACUGAAGUUUUAGUCAGAGAGCCAGUCUCCUGGGUACCUUAUUUUUUACUGGUCAGGAAAUGUUAGAUUUCCUUUAACUCCACUGAAUUAGGUUGUAGAGUUAUUUGAAGCAGCAAAAAUUCUCAGAUGAAAGCAUUUAAAUGCAGUCCCCACUGUGCACUUUAGAAGAAAACUAUUCCAUGACCAGAUGUUCUGAUUUCCAGAACAAGUUUAUCCCUCUAUAUCCUUUUAUCAUUUUGUUUUAGUUUACUCAAAAAAGAGCAGAGUAACAAAUUUAAAACAAACACACCAACCCGCAGGUUAGAUGAAAAUAGCCAACGUACUCUCCUAUCCUGAUACUAGAAAGCAUUUCUUUAGUAUGACUGACAAAUUACAAAAAUGUGCUUUUAAAAAGUUCUUUGAAAUAUGGAAAGAUCGUAAUUUUUUACUAUGUGUUUUCAACAGGGAUUUCUGUUACUUGAAUACUGAUAAUGGCAGUCACCUGUAUUACAUUCUUAAUUUUAGAUGCUACUGAAGGCAGACCAUCUCAACAACUGCCUUGUCUUUCCAUGUGAUUCAGUGGCCCAGUGGAAAACAAAUGACUUGAAUGAUUUCACAGGAAUGAGAAAAGUGAAGCCUGAGUAAAAGGGAAGACUUUCUAGUUAAUCUGAUUAAAUCUAGGAGGUUUCAUUAAUGCUUACUCAGUUCAAAGAAAAUAAUUUCCUUCCCAAAUGUAAAACAAUAUACUACAUAAAUGGUUACAGUUUUUACUGUUUGCUCUUUUGCAACAGAAAUUUAACUGUUGUCUAUCCUGAAAAAAGAAUGGACUGCUAAACAUAUGGUAAUAGAACAGUUUAACAUUGGGGGAGUUGUUAAAUUGGUUUAAAGCUAUAGUUAACACCCCCUAUUCCUUCCAUUAUGAGGUAAAACUGGUUAAUGUGCAUCUCUCUCCUCCAGCACAACCUUUGAAAAUCUUGAAAAGAUCACAUACAAUGUUGCCAGGAUCAUAUAGUGAUAAAAAUUUAUUGAGGCUCUCUAUCAUUUAAAAAAAAUAAAAAAAGCACAAGUCACUUUCCAUGUUUCUUUUGCAAGACAUUUUUAGAGUUCAGUUGAGUUAUUUCAGAUGUGAUUAUCCAAUGAAACUACUGACCCUGAUUUUUACUUUCUGUCAGCCUCAACUUUAGCAAAAAAAAAAGUGAGGAAUAAUCUUCCUACCACAAAACUCUGAAAGGCCAUCAGAUAGGCUAUAACUGGCACUUUUUUUGCAUGUGUACAACUAUCAAUAUCCUGCUUCUGUGGUAGUAAUUUAAGAUCUGUAAUGUGUAAUGUAUAUAAUACUGUACUCUGAAAUCAAUCAAAAUUAGGUGUGAUCAUUCAUCUGAAUAGGUAGUGCAGGGCAGGGUAAGGUAUUGGGUAGGUACAGCAGCUUCACAAAGCUGCUUCUAUCUAAGCCACUUCUUCUCUCUAAGGUUUACUUAACCCAUCCAAAAUUUGGUAUUACACCUGAAUGACUACAAAUGGACUAUUUUCUUUUGUUUUAAUUUAGUCAUAAACAUGUUAUAAAAUAAAAUUUGUUAUCCUAUAUGUACAUUUUAAACUUAGCUUUUUAAAAUCUUGUUUAGACUAGGAUAUCAAGAACAGUGGUCACAUAUUUUAAGCUUUCAUUAACACUUUUAAUAGUGUAGUGAGGGGAAAGAACAUACACCUUACCAUAGACUGCACUGUAGGAGUUUAAGCCUUAACUCCCCCCUAAACUAAAUCAGACAUCUUAAAGUACUCACUGUUCACAUCUAAUAGCUAGUUAAAAGCAUCCAAGUUUCUGUAAAUCUUAGCUUAGAAAGUACCUUACAUAUUAUCAGGAUUGUGGAAGCUAGUAGUUUAGACAUAAGAGAAUUUGGGGAAUUCUGAGUAUGGUUCUGGUUCUAACCACCCAUUCUGUGGCUAUUAUUUCCAAUUUUUCAAUCAAUACAAAAAAACCACUUACGUUUUCUUUAAAAUGAAAGAAAAAAGAUAUAAGGACUAGCUUCUCCAGAUAAAAGCAGAGGGAAAAGUUAGAUGGGGAAACUGUGUAUUUUUUUCCUUAGAUUUUGUCUUUUUGGGAUACCUGACCAACAAUCCAUUUACUCCCCAAAGCCAGUCUCUUCAUAGUAACUACUAAGUAACAGCCUAUUACAUUGCACUGUGUUGCAGAAUAGGUGAUGGUCUACACCCAUUUUUUCUGCAAUAAAUUCUCCAAGCAAUACAGACUCAUCUGAAGAUACAAAGGUGUGAUUUUGGGCAUCUAAACUAUUGUAUGUGAAAAUAAGAGUGUGAAAGAUUAUCUUUUGAACAUGGCAUGCAAACUUGUUUUGACAAUUUGAAGCUGCUUUUUAAAAGUGAAUUUUUAAGAGCUGAAUUUUCAGAAAUGUUAAGGCUGCAGAUAGUGCCUACUGAUUUCUUCAAAAGUAUGUGAUUACCAUUGCAAAAAAGCACAAAACUUGUGUUGAACUAGUUUUGCACUAAAGGGAAAUAGUUAUCAGAAAGACUUACAUUCAUGCAAAAGGCAGAGCUUAAAAAGGUUCAUGAUCAUUCUGUAUUUUUCAUGAUCAUUCCAUAUUUCAGUGUUGUGUAUAAUUAAGCAUUUUCCCCUUUAUAAAUGGUAUUAAAACAGAAUGUUCUAAGUGUGAAAAGUAGUUUGAUACUUGACAACAUAAAAUGUUAUACACAUUUUCUUAAUAGACUGAUAUAUUGAUGAGAAGAAUAACUUUGCUAAUACAGUUUGGUGGUGUGAUAUAAGGGAUUCACCAGACACAGUUAAGCAUUGGAAUGGUUCUGCAUACACAUACCAUUUCAAAACCAGGGGCUACACCAGCAUGGAAGCCAAUGGUUGAGAUUAGACACUGUCCUGCUUGCAGAAGCAUGAAGCAGAUUCAGUCAUUUACUGAGCAAAAGGUGAGUUUAGUUAUUUGUAACAGUUUUUAAAGAUUUUUUUUUUAAGUCUGUGUGGAGGAAUGCUAAGAUUUUUGAUAGUCAGAUAUGCUCAGUGCUGUCUACCUGCUUUUCCCUCUUUUGUAAUAGUGCCUCACUCACUGAUGUCUGAUGGAUAUAAAACCCAGUAUCCUGAGGAUGCACAACCCCAGGGACUAUACAGCAUUGAAGUGAGUCUGGCUCACACACCUGUUGGGGAAAAAAUACAGAUCUCUAAUUCAUAUUGAAUUCAUUCACUGCAUUCCAAAAUGAUUUAAGGGGUUUGGAAAAUACCAGUGUUAAAAUUAUUCUGCCUUUUCUAGGAAAAAUAUGUUGCUGUUUUUCAGGGUUUCUUCAAGAGACGCAGGCUGCACAUUUCUAAUCAUCAGUAACAACUUUACUUUUAAACUUUCUUAUCACAAUACUGACUAGGUCAUUUGGAAUAUGAGGAGACAAGGGAGCAAGCUUGCAUACUACAGUAGUUUUUUAUAUUUUACCUUCAUCUAUUUAUGAAUUUAUUACAAAAAAUAUUUUUAAACAGAUAUGGAACCUGCAUUUUUGUUGUAAAUUUUAGCAAAGUAGUGGAUACGUUGUACUGUGCAUCAUUAAAAAAAUUUAAUUGUUUGGCA